AUGGCAGACUACGAGGCCCAUCUGGAGGUGUGCGAUACACUAAAGCAGAUUAAUGAGGACGAUCAUGACCUACGGUCCGGUCGAUUCUUCCCGGAGUUCGAAUACGCGGGACCACAGAUGGAAGAAGCAGUAGUCAAUAUGACCAACUGGGAUACGCUCCUGUAUACUCGCAAUUUCGAGGCGAUAAAUUCCGACCGAAGCAUGCGUCAGGCUACAAGGCUUCUGACUUACCCGGUCACAAUCGGCAGCAUCCUGCAUGAGCUUAGUCCUUAUGGCAUUCGUAAGGGUGAGCGGCUCACUGUGGAGGGAUUGAAGAGUUUCAGUGCUUUACGAUACACUCUCCAUCCGCCCAAGACGGGAGGUGGUGAAGGUGUAAAGGGCUUAAGACCAGAAGCUCCGCCCGUGCGAAUCUUCAUCCUAGGCGCUCGUGCAGAGUCUUCUCUUCCACGAGAUGUCUGGGUUCAACUUGCGCACCUGUUCCCGCGUGCCAAAUUCCACCUGAUCUUUAUUGGCCCUGAGAGCAUGGCGAACAGAGAUGAUGAGUUUCCUCUUCCUCCCCGAACCCAUUCCAAUCCAUUUGGGGCCGUUGUCGAGGAUCGCGUAUGGCCCACCAUGAAGAUCAGCACUAUUGUUGAUUACUACCAUACACUGCACAAGACAGGCUACUUCUACCCCUAUGAUCCCUACUUUGACUGCUUUAUGCUUUUCCACCCUGGUCUUGGUCACCCUGCCAGCUCGCAUGAGUGGGAAGAGACUAUACCUCUUCUUCUUGAGACGAAGGCACCUGUUCUUGUUACCGGCUACACGCAGUUCGAUAUGGAGCGAGAUAUUGAGUGGGUCCGCAAGAAGGCAGCUGGCGAAUUCGAUCUUCUCAUGGAGCCCGGCGAGAACAUCUUCCGGAGUCUACGCUGGGAUUUGAAUGAUCUCGACCCCCAGGACAUCAGUUGUGGUAAUUGGGGCGUCUGGGCUUUCCGUGGAAAGAGGUACGAAGCGACGCAGAAGGAAGUUCUGCAAUUAUAG